AUGGACAUCAGCUCCCUUCUCUCUCCGCAAGAGUCCCCUACCGCGACCCCACCGCCAGCAGCCAAAAGUCAUGCCAAGAAGACGUUGAAGCCGCGUGGCUCCCGAUCAUCAAAUCUCAACCACUCCGCGAACACCAGUACACCCCACAAUCUUCCACAGAAUGCCCCAUUACAAAGUCAGGCACUCGCCUCAUCCCCUCCGAAUGGAAGUCCAGUUCCUGGUCAUCGUCUAAGUGUGAGCUCGACACCUUCAGCCGACGGCGGAAGGGCCUACAGACAGCCAUCUACUGCUGGUAUGGAUACACUGGCAGACCUUGCAUCAAUGCAGCAUCACCAACAGACAGCAAGAGCAAAUGCUACGGGGAUGCGCAGCGCAGAAACACUUGUUGCCACUGCUCUUCCAAGCCUACAAAAUAUGACAAGAUCGGAGGCUACCUCGAGGCUCCGCGCAGGUUCAUUUGACGUCACAAUGACUGAUUCUCCACAGCUGACACCAACGCCUCGCAUCUACUUCUCCAAAGCUCUGUCCGAAUCCGACCUUCAAACCAUCACCGAAGCAGGAAACCACAUCCUCCAAAAUCCCUUCUCGUCCGAUUCCUACACUCAACUCAUCAAUCUCCUUCACAAAGGUCUGUUGAGUCAUAUACGCCUCCAGUCAUCCUCGAAAACUUCGGGCGACCCUCAUUCGUACGAGCUAUUACGGGAUUUGCAGAGCGCAAGAGAAGCCAUGAGCGCACGCUUCGCUAUUGGUGAAGAUCUUUGGGCGGACUGGAUACAAGAUCGGAUAUUACUGGCUACAUCGUUUGAAGACAAGCUUUCCAUUAAGGAGUUGUGUGAAAAGGCCGUGAAUGAAGAAGAUACAAGCUCCAAGAUUUGGCUUAUUUAUGGACAGUGGAUGUUGUCAGAGUGCCAUCGAUUGUCAUCCCGAGAGGAGAGGGCUGGUACCGCAAGAAAUGGUCACCUUACACCGGACGAGGAGAGGGUGAUGGCUGCGGAACUCUUCGGUUGGCAGCAGGUCCUCAGUACAUGGCAACGAGCCACGCAAGGGACAAUGUGGCGUAUUAAUGACAGCCAUCAGCUCUGGGAUCAAUACACCGACCUCCUCUUGCAGGAUUUACAAGCCAUGCCACAAAGACCUCAACCUGAAGCAAUUGCAAGAAUGCAGCACUGGUUCAUGAACCGUCUCCAGAUUCCGCAUGCUACAUGGGAUCAAACGUCGCAGAAACUCUCUACCUUCAUGUCCACGCAUGACAAUGCUAAUUGGGAACCGACGAUGGUGACCGCAAACCGCAUAGGUGCGGAAGCGAAGCACAAGUAUGAAAUGCGUGAUUUCAAAGAAAUCAAUGUUCUCCGCGCAAGUCAAAAGGGCGACUCAGAAGCAGAAGUGCAGGCCUUCAGCGAAUACAUCGAUUAUGAGAUGAGUCUAAGCCGCAAAAAGAAUUCGUUCAGUGUCGAACUCACGAAAGCACUCUAUCAGCGCGCGCUACUCAGAUUCCCUGCUCGUACCCAGUUGUGGGAGUCAUACAUCAUGUUUUUGAAUGAAGAAAUAGCUCAUCACGCUCAACAAGACCUGCCAAUGCUUUCGGUUCUGUACAAAGCCACUCGUCAUUGCCCCUGGUCUGGAACACUAUGGGCGCACUAUAUGCUGGCAGCGGAGAUUGCCGACGUUCCCUUUACGGACAUCAGUGAUAUCAAGCACAAAGCAACCAGCUCAGGCAUCUCAGAGCUAAAUGAGAUAGACGAGUUGCUCAAGGUUACUACUGCAUGGUGCAAUUACCUUAGGCGACGCGCUUUCAAGCCAGGCUCUACGGACGAGGAGAUAGACGUUGCUGAGGUGGGUAUUCGCUCAGCUAUCGAGGACGUAGAAAAUGUCGGCCGGAAGAAAUAUGGCAGAGACUAUCCGGGAGAUUCCGAGUAUCGUUUAGAGAAGAUCUACAUCAAAUAUCUGAGUCAGGCGCGUAAUUGGCAUACUGCGCGAGAGACGUUUCGAAAGUUGAUACCAAGGAAAGGCCAUGACUAUGAUUUCUGGCUACGUUUCUACGUCUGGGAGAUGAUUACAUGGUCAAAGCUAUCUUACGAUAGCAAUGCUGACACAGGAAGAUUCACCAGGCCCGCAGAAGCUACCAAGGCUCUUCAGCAAGCCAUGAGGAGAAAUGACCUCGAUUGGCCCGAGAAGAUUGUGCAAACGUAUCUGCAUCAUUGUGAGGACCAUGAGGACGCUCCGCAGCUGCAGUCCGCACACGUCGAUGUUUGGAAGCAGAAUCAAGUGAUCCAGGAAAGGAGGGCAGAAGGAAGCCUCGUACAGCAACAACAACAAUCGCAAUCAUUCGAAGCUAGCAAGUCGCUUGUCGAUGGUGAUGAAACGGAUGUUCUUGGGAAAAGGAAACGAGUAGACGAUGUAGAGGAGGCACCCAGUAAGAAGACUCGACCUGAUGAGAUACCCUCAAUAGAGCCUCAAAUUCAGGAACAGAGCCUUCCCGAGCCAUCACUUCUUAAGCGUGAUCGAGAACAUGCAACGGUAAUUGUCAAGAAUCUACCCGUUGACACAACGGAGACCAGAGUCCGCCAAUACUUUCGAGAUUGCGGGAAAAUCAAUAGCCUAAAGCUCCUUCCUGAAGACGAAAGGAAAUCAAUGACAGCGUUCAUUGAAUUCGAGUCGAAAGAAGAUGUAUUAACAGCUCAGACGAAAGACAUGAAAACAUUCGACGGCAACGACAUAGAGGUGCAGGUUGGCUCUGACACAACUUUGUAUGUCUGUAAUUUCCCUCCGGCGGCGGACGAAGCCUGGAUAAGGGACAAAUUCGACGAACAUGGUGAGAUCGUUGAUAUUCGCUUUCCUUCCCUCAAAUACAAUACGCACCGUCGAUUCGCCUACGUGCAAUUCAAGCUGUCGAGUCAGGCUCAAUCUGCGGCAGUCCUUGAUGGCCAGACUCUUGACGGGGAUCUAAAGCUUGUUGCCAAGAUAUCGAACCCCGCUCUCAGACAAAAGCGGCAGGGGGCAAUGUACGAAGGCCGAGAAGUUUUUGUUAUGAAUAUACCCAGCAGUGCCAACUGGAGGGACCUGAAACAAUUCUUUUCUCAACAUGGAUAUGUGGACAGCGCAAGAAUACCGAAAAAGUUCAAUGGGGUUUCCAAGGGUUUCGGCUUUGUGGUCUACAGAGACAAAGAAGGCGCAGAGAAAUGCUUAGCUUUAGACGGUAGCGAAUGGCAGGGACGAACCAUCAGCGUAACACCCUCAACCAGUGACACAAGCCAACGCCAGAAUGAAAUAGUAGCAUCAAGGUCUCAACAGACCACAGCGUCACCAUCUGCUGACAUCUCAGCCCUCGACGAGGAUGCGAACCGCGCCACCUCUCCAGGUCCAGCAGCAGACCCAAGCAAGAAAAGGGAGAUCCAAUCCCGCACUUUCGCACUUCUCAACAUCCCCGAUACAGUCAACGAAGCACGCAUGCGGAAGCUAACGGAACCGCAUGGGAAGCUCAUCCGCCUGAUCCUGCGUCCAGAUCAUCAGGGCGCCAUCAUCGAGUACGCAGAACAAGCGAGUGUGGGAAAAGCUUCUUUAGCGCUAGAAGGAUGGGAAAUUCAUCCGGGGAGAAAGUUGAAAGUGGGAACUUUGGGCGAUUUGAAGGAACAAAAAGCCGAGAAGAAGUAUGACAAGAUUCCGACAGGUCCGAAAAAAAAUGUUACAUUGCCUAUAUCGAGCCAAGUACGACGACCUGGUAUUGGAGCAGGCAGACGUGGCGGCAAGGGUGGGCUAGGGUUGAAGAAGAGUGGUGUCGGCUUGGAUGGGGAUCGGGCAAAAAGCAAUGGCCAGAAAGUGGAGGAGGAACGUGGUAAUGAUGAGGAAGAAGGUGGGGAUGGACAGGGAGAUAGACGUAAAGAGCAGGUAAAGCCGAAGAGCAAUGCAGAUUUCAAGGCGCUUCUGCUGGGUGGAUAG